AUGAAAAUUGAGGGAGAUAUUCACGAAGUACUGACACCGCCAUUCUUUAUGGGCCACCCGUUAUUAAUUGAUUUAUUUUGUUUUCUCUGUUAUUUAGGUGCACCUAUUGGUGGUUUAGGUUGUGGAACAAUUGGUCGAGGUUUUCGUGGAGAAUUUUGUCGUUAUCAACUAGUACCUGGUCUCUACGAAUUUAAUACUGUUGAUGCAAAUACUUUUACUGUUUGUAUUCGUCGCCGAAAUACAACAACUUAUUGUCAAGUAUUAACACCAUAUCGAUUAAGAAAAAAAGGUUUACGCUCAUGGAACUGCGCAUUUCCAAAAGAAAAUGGUCAUUAUCAAGCAUUAUAUCCUCAAUCAUGGACAACAUAUGAUUUACCUAAUCAAAAUAUCCGCUUACUAUGCAAACAACUUUCACCUGUCAUUCCACACAAUUAUAAAGAUUCAUCUCUACCAGUCGCUUCUUUUCUUUGGUAUAUUGAAAAUUUAAAUGAUGAGCCUGUUGAAGUUAGUCUGAUGUUUACAUGGCAAGCUGGUUCAGCUUCUCAGGAAUUUUCAUGUCGAGAUAUAUCACAUGAAUCUAUUGAUGUUACUGAUGAUGAAAUUUCAGCUAGUGGUGUAUCCAUCAAACAAACGUUACGUGGUAUGAGACUUGAAUAUUGUAUAAUGGGAAAAAAAGAGUUAGAUAAUACAAUCACUACAAGAACAAAUUUUAAUGUUCAUUCGAGUACAGAUGGACGUGAUAUUUGGCUUGAUCUAACUGAUGAUGGUCGAUUAACGGAAUCGAAAACUGUUCGAUCAACAAGCGUUCAUACAGCGAGUUGUGUAUGUAUAACAACUACGGUUGAACCAAAUUCUAUCAAGACAUCUGAAUUUGUUCUUGUUUGGCAUAUGCCUAUAAUUAACUUCGGUCUUGGACAAAGACAAUAUCGGAGAUGGUAUACAAAAUUUUUUGAUACAGAAACACUCACAGGAUCAACUCUUUGCAUUCAUGCAAUGAAAAAUCGAAUACAAUGGGAAGAAGCUAUUGCAAAAUGGCAACAGCCAAUUCUAGAUGAUGAAUCAUUACCAGAAUGGUAUAAGAGUGCUUUAUUUAACGAAUCUUAUUUUAUUGCUGAUGGUGGAAGUAUGUGGCUUGAUGUAAGUGAAGAUAUGACAUUGCCUAAACAUGUUAGAGAAUGGGGUCGAUUUGGUUAUUUAGAAGGUCAUGAGUAUCGAAUGAUAAAUACAUAUGAUGUUCAUUUUUAUGCAUCGUUUGCAUUAAUUCAAUUAUGGCCUCAGUUAGAAUUGAGUAUUCAAUAUGAUUUUGCUAGUUCAAUAGAUUAUGAAAAACGUGAAAAUCGUACUUAUUUAUUUCAUGGUCGAUCAGCUCAUUGGAAAACAUUACAUUCCGUUCCACACGAUCUUGGUGAUCCUGAUGAAGAACCAUGGUUAUUAAUUAAUGCUUAUAUUUCUCAUGAUACAGCUGAAUGGAAAGAUUUAAAUUUAAAAUAUUUACUUCAAAUAUAUCGAGAUUAUGUUUAUACACAAAAUAAACAAUUUCUUAUUGAUGUAUGGCCAACAGUAAAAAUGGUUACUGAUCGUGUUAAAAAACAAGAUACUGAUGGUGAUGGUCUUGUUGAUAAUGGUGGUUUUGCUGAUCAAACUUAUGAUGCAUGGGCAGUAACUGGAGCAAGUGCAUAUUGUGGUAAUCUUCAUAUUGCUGCACUUCGUGCUUGUGUUGAAAUGGCACGAAUGCUGAAGGAUACAGAUGCUUUAGAAGAAUAUGACGUAUGGCUUAAAUUAGCUAAAAAGUCAUAUUCAGAUAAAUUAUGGAAUGGAACAUAUUACAAUUAUGAUUCAAGUGUAUCACGCCAUCAUGAUUGUAUUAUGUCGGAUCAAUUAGCUGGGUUUUGGUAUUUACGUUUAUCUGGUCAUAAAUAUGAUGAUUUUGAAAAAGAUCGUAUUAGUAGUGUACUUAAUACAAUAUUUAAUAUGAAUGUUAUGGCAUUUGGUCAGGGAAAAAUUGGUGCUGUUAAUGGAAUGACUAGUUCAGGACAAUUAGAAGUUGUUAGUAUGCAAUCGGAAGAAAUAUGGACUGGAGUUACAUAUGGAUUAUCAUCGACAAUGAUUAUGGAGAAUUUGAAAAGUCAAGCAUUUAUUACAUCUGAAGGAAUUUAUAAUACAUGCUACAAUGUGGCUGGUUUGGCAUUUCAAACACCUGAAGCAUUGAUGCGUGAUGGUCAUUUUCGAUCUUGUGGAUAUAUGCGUCCAUUAUCUAUUUGGGCAAUCCAAAAAGCACUUGAAUUAUCAUGUUUAGAAUCAAAUACUGACAGUAACAAUUUAGAUGAUCAUUAA